CUUCAGCCCCACCGGGAACAUCAAGCUUUUGACGCAGAGGGCCGCCUCAGCGGAAGCCAGGCGGGGCGUCCGGCCUUAGUCCCCUCCCUCCCAUGCGCCUAUAAACGACCAGGGCGGAGAAGCGGCAAGGAAGUGGAGGCAGGUCGUUGUGGGGAGAAUAGUAGCCGGAGGAGAAAGGAGGCGGAGAGGUGCAUCUUGCAACCCGGUGGUGGGCUUCUCUGGGGCUUUUGCUGCCGUGUGCGACCUGCUGAGAGGGAAGGACUUAUCAGCACUGGAGUGCUUCAGGAACCACAAUUCAAAACAUUUAGCUUUAUCAGAUGUAAGGAGGAGGAUCUCCGAAGAUUAAGAAUUCACCCAAGUGCCUUGUUUCAGCAGUCAGAAUGAAUCAGGGAUUUGAUGGCAAUAGCUUGGUGGAGUACUCCGUUACUAGCGUCCUUUUGUACAGCUUUUUGGAAAAGUCCAGCAACUGUAAUUUUGGGCCUCAGCUCAGUGCUCUGGGAAACCAGCUGAAGGCUUCAAAGUCGUUCCAUAAUGAGGGAUAUUGUGAAGGGGAUCUGCAGACAGAUGGCAACCGGCCUGGGCGAUUCCAGGGCAUAGAGCCAGGAGAUGAAGAAAUUUUCCGAAAUGUUGGAGCUCAGUUGGCUGAAAUUGGGGACCGGCUGGCACUGGAGAUUGAACCGUCAUUAAUGAAUGGUCUUGUGCAGCAGUUUAGGGCAGAGAACUUUUCUAGAGAGGAAAUAAUCCGGUAUCUGUCUGAGGCAGUGCAGACGCUGGCGAGGAGGAUGCCAAUGGAAAUGGAUCCAGAGCGAACCAUGUUAGUGGCAGCCAUGGUGCUGGCCCGAAAUGUAGCAAAUACAGUUCCGUCUCUUCUUCAUCGGGUGUUUGUUUCAACUGUGAACUACAUCAACUACAACCUCAGGGAUCAUGUGAACAACUUGGCACCCGAGGGUUAAGCAAACACAUUCGGUCUUCCAGAAGGAAAAAAAAUCCUGUUCUUAAAUUUCCAAAAGCUAUCUUAGUUCCCCCCCCCCCUUUUAAAUGCAAUUGUGGUAAGAAUUUAAUAGCAGUUAGCUGCAGUGUUCUGUUUACCUUUGUGUUAUUUUGCUUUUAAAAAAAAAAUAAACUUGAGACCCUUGAUGUUACUUUUUCAUCUCAGGUGUGAGAUAACAAAUGAACUCUCAUACUCAGGGGAACAGAGAGCGUAUCAGUCCCUGGCCAACUGAGUAGAAGUUAAUGCUUUGGGAGAAAGGGGUAGGCACAUUGUUUCCUGCACUUGUGAACUGGGUCAGGGCAUCAGGAAUUGCUUGCAAAAACUAAAACCUCAAUACAAUGUGGCUGAAACCAAACUGGAUAUACUUGAUUCUAUCAUCAGCUUUAAUUUGUACAGCAGCAUUAGUCCUGCCAGUGUCCACUGUCAUUCUUGGCUAAUAAUUUCCUCAAACACUAAUGUGAAUGAGGCUUUAAGCGGGGUGUGUGUGUGUGUUAUGCAUGCUGCCAUUAUCCUUGGAUCUAGAGUCAGUUCAGGUGGAGACUGGCUCAAGGCAGGAAUCUCUGAAACCUCUUUUUCCCCUUUCCCCCCUUCCUGUCACCAUCACUUCAGGCAGUUUAUUUUGUAUAACCAGCCUCUGAAGUUGCUUAUUGGUGUAACUCUAAUAUGUUUUUUAAAAAAUAAAAAUCCGUUUACCAGCUA